AUGGUAUUAGCAAUAUCGGGGUGCUCCUUCCCUGAACUUGAGUACGCCGACGAUGUUGUCAUAUUCGCGAAAAGCAGUAAGAAACUUCAGCAUGUUGUCAACCUUGUAUCGAAGUCUACCGAAGCUAUACCUAUCGAACCUGGCUGCAGCCUACGGAAUAGGGUAUGCCACAAUGAGGAUCUUUACGCGGAAACCGAUGUGGUGUUCCGGCAGAUAACACUUGGAAGAUAUGAACAUCUUGCACCACAAUCGAAAGUGUCUACAGAAGAUCGUCUUGGUUUCUUCGAAACGGAAAAGACUAGAAUGACGAUCUCUGCUUAUAACGCUCGACCGCUUGCAUCGGAUGCGGCCGUUGAAGAUCUGAUUAUGCAAGCUAGGAGGUUUAAGUACGACGUCAUCGGACUAACCGAGAUGAGGCGACACCACCCACUGAACGCCGUGUAUGUCACUGGAGAAGAACUGUUUUUUGGUGCAUGCGACAGUAGAGGAGUCGGGUGA